AUGUCUGGCGGCUCAUUGCUGUCCAACGAUCUCCGCUCCGCUGUCAGCAACAUGUUUCCUCCAGGAAUAAAUCUCAUCACGAAUUGGGGCAUGACCGAAGCGACCUGCGAAGCCACCCAGUUUCCCUUGCACGAGAUCGACACUGAGGCGAGUGUUGGCAGGCUGAUGCCCAAUAUGUCGGCGAAAGUCAUCGAUACCACGGGCGGGGAAUUGGGAAAGAAUGAGAUGGGCGAGCUGUGCAUCAAGGGGCCGAAUGUUAGUAGGGGCUACUUCAACAACCCAACGGCGACGGCCGAUGCGUUCACGCCGGAUGGGUUCUUCAAGACAGGGGAUAUUGCCAUUGUAGGGGAUGACGAGAAGGUCUUCAUCAAGGGGCGGUACAAGGAGUUGAUCAAAUAUAAAUCGAAUCAGGUGCCGCCUGUUGAGCUCGAGUCAGUCAUCCUUACAGUGCCGGGCGUGCAGGAUGUUGGGGUCAUUGGGGUGCCGCAGGGCGAUGGAAAUGAGCUUCCUCGUGCGUAUGUGGUGCGAGAUUCGAGUAAUGAGACGUGCACCGCGGAAGCUAUUGAGGGCAAGAUCAAAUCCACGCUGGCGAAUCACAAAUGGCUAAGAGGUGGUGUGCGAUGGGUUGAUGAGAUUCCGAGAAACACCAUAGGAAAGAUCGAUAGGAAGAUCAUCAAGACGUGGUGUGAGGGUGAGGCUCCGAUCUUGAAGGCAAAUCUGUAG